GACGCCAGACAACUCGCAGCUCGUCGCCUCACAUAGUUACAGUACAUUACAAUGAGCCGGGAACUGCCAAUUUAGUUAAUGAGCCGCAGCUCAACGGUUCAAGUCUAUGUGACCUGAACAUUUGUACCGGUUUCAGAGCCGAUUUACACACGUCUAAUUGAGUGCAAUGAUGACGUUACAAAUACGUCCGCUCACUGCCGUUCCCGCGUAAUCUAUUGGAGUGCGUGAUAAUAGGUUCGUAGUGUACUGCAGCUCAGUGCAAAUUAAGAGCUGCAAGAUGUCGGACGCGGAAUUGCGAGAUCUGGUGCAAACAGUCGCUUCAGAACAAGGCUUCAAAGAUUGCCGCAUCCAUCUCAAGCCGUUUUCAACGGGAGGAGCAAACUACACGUCCCAGUUGUAUUACGUAACUCUCCUAGCUGAAGGCAAAGAUGACCUUAACCUGUUUGCCAAAGUAGCAUGCGUAAAUGAACACGUCCGUAAACAAACACCGUUCAAAAUAUACGACACGGAAAUGUAUUUCUACACGGAACUGCUGAAGCGCUAUCAAGACUUAGAAGAAAAACACAAUGUACCCGAACAACACAGACUAGCUACUGUCAAAUUCUACGGCUGCAGAAAGGAGUAUUUAAAGGAAAUAAUAAUCCUCGAAAAUUUAUCAUCUAUGGGAUACGAGAGCUACGAUAGAUUUAAAACAUUCGAUUGGGAAUAUGCAUCGAAAGCGGUCACAGAACUGGCUAAACUGCAUGCGUUAUCCAUAGCAUUGAGCAAACAAAGCCCCGAGGAGUUCCAAAUUUUGUCCAAGCAAUUGAAAUACGAUUUAAAAGCAGAAACCUUCAAGCCAAUGAUAGAGAAUAUAAUAAGCAUGGCAUUAGCAGUGAUUAAAGAAGAGAACAGAGGAAAAUUAGAAGCUUUUAUCCAGGAGUCGCAAGAGUAUGAAUUGGAUUACUUCUACAAGGUACAACAUCAGCCAGUGAUAAUGCACGGCGACUUUAGAGCCAGCAACAUUAUGCAUAGAUUACGUGAGGACGGGUAUUUGGAGGUCGUGGUGUUGGACUAUCAGAUGCUGAACAUCAGCAACCCGGCGAUCGAUCUGAUGUACUUCAUCUUCAGCGGCUCAGACGAGGAGUUCCGUAGGCAGCACUACCGUCAACACUUAGACCAUUACCACAUGGAAUUGGGGAACUCUCUGAAAAGACUAGGCGUCGAUAUUGACACCACAUACUCUAAAGAAAAUUUUGAGGCUGAUUUGAAAGAGGUCCAGCCGUAUGGUCUACUGGUGGGCAUGAUGAUGGUGCCCAUGGUAACCGUGCUUGCAGAGGACGCGCCCGACAUGAGCACUGCCACUGGCGACCUCGCACAAUUUGCCAUCCCGCCCAACCAGCUCGCCAUUGCCCGUCUGAACGGACUCGUCGAAGACUUUAUUAGAUGGGGCGUACUGUGAUCUUACAUUACCUUACUCACAGAAAUCAUACAAAACGCAUUUACCAGUUCCGAGAGAAAAGUCGGUGCGAUAUAAAUUUAUUUAACUCAAAUU